AUGCACCCCCGUGACGUCGCCCUCGCAGUCGUCUUUUUGCCCAAGGGCGGCGUCGAGAAGGGCGAGACGUCCGGCCAGGCUGCCGCACGCGAGGCCAAUGAGGAAGCUGGUGUACCCGCGAUCCUUGCGGCUGGAGCCAUUUCGCCCCUCCUCGUAAAGCACACUCUCCAGCAUGUGCCCAAGAACAAGCGGCAGGAGGUGUGGCACGCCCAUGCCAUUUUGCUUCUGGAGGAGAGCGAGCUCCUCGACGAGUGGGAUGAGGCUAAAGACCGCAAGCGCGAGUGGGUGACUCCCCGUGAGGCGAUGGAGAGGAUCCGCGAGUGGGCGCCACUCCUUGACGAUGUCCCUGCCGAGCCGAGUGACGAGGAUAUGAAGCGCGGUGGUAUCAAGAAGAAGGCAGUCAAGAGGUUUGCGAUGGAGGUAUGUCUCGCUGCAUUUGUCGAGCAGUAUGGCUGGGACAAGAAGGUGUAA